AUUGUUCUUGUGUGUAUGUUUGUAGCGGUGCCAUAUCCUCCCGGUACUCGCCUGACGGUCAAAGACCUGUACGUGGACGGGAGGCCCAGCGUGGAGCAGCUCAAGGCCCAUCUGGUGAAGGAGGGUCGGCUGGAGGAGGAGGCGGCUCUGCGGAUCAUCAACGAGGGAGCCAGCAUCCUCCGCCAGGAGAAAUGCAUGCUGGAGGUGGAGGCCCCCAUCACAGUUUGUGGAGACGUCCACGGACAGUUCUUUGACCUGAUGAAGCUCUUCGAGGUGGGCGGGUCCCCGGCUAGCACCCGUUACCUGUUCCUGGGCGACUACGUGGACCGAGGGUACUUCAGCAUCGAGUGUGUACUGUUCCUGUGGGCUCUGAAGAUCAACCACCCGAACACUCUCUUCCUGCUCAGAGGCAACCACGAGUGCCGGCAUCUCACAGAGUACUUCACCUUCAAACAGGAGUGUAAAAUAAAGUACUCUGAGCGUGUUUAUGACGCCUGUAUGGAUGCGUUUGACUGCCUCCCUCUGGCUGCUCUCCUCAACCAGCAGUUCCUCUGUGUGCACGGAGGACUGAGCCCUGAGGUCACCUGUCUGGACGACAUUCGGAAGUUGGACCGGUUUAAAGAGCCUCCUGCGUUCGGACCGAUGUGUGACCUGCUGUGGUCUGACCCGGGCGAGGACUACGGUUCAGAGAAGACCCAGGAACACUUCAGCCACAACAGUGUGAGAGGCUGCUCUUAUUUCUACAGUUUACCGGCAGUAUGUGACUUCCUGAUGAACAAUAACCUGUUGUCUGUAAUACGAGCACACGAAGCCCAGGAUGCAGGGUAUCGAAUGUACAGGAAGAGUCAGACGACAGUUCCUUCUUUAAUCACAAUCUUCUCUGCUCCUAACUACCUGGAUGUGUACAACAACAAAGCUGCGGUGCUGAAAUAUGAGAAUAAUGUGAUGAACAUCCGGCAGUUUAACUGCUCCCCUCAUCCUUACUGGCUGCCCAACUUCAUGGACGUGUUCACCUGGUCUCUGCCGUUCGUUGGAGAGAAAGGUGAGCAGAUUCAUUUAUGGUUUAAAAUACAAGAACACCUCGUGGUCGAGUGUGACAUGAGGGACAAUUAACUC